AUAUUUGGUGAGUCUUUCCGUGGAAAAGUUUACACUCAAAACGGCUCAAGCUUACCCCCUAGAUGCCAUUAAUGGUUAAAGUUAUUCAAAUAUUGAAAUCUAUAAUCCUUUCUGAGAAUACGAAGACUCAAGGUUCAAAAUAAUAACCGAUUCAAAACUCGAAUUCUGAUUGGAUUGUUCCAUAUAAGGAGCAACAUGAGCUUUGAAAAAACGUUUUGCUGAUUGGCUAUUUUGUUCUUGCGAAAAAAGGCUAAAUCACCUGCCUAGCUAGUGUUUGUUGCAAGUACUUGGAACGUCAGUGAAUUUAACCUUGUGUUCCUCUGAAACAAAUUUGGACAACGAGCUAAAAGAAGAGCACUCUAAGGUCAGAAAUGCUUACGCACGUCAUCAUCACGCUGUUGUCAUUCGUUAAUCACGUGAUCGGCCAAUUUCAAUGUCAAGGCACCUGCUAUUCGGGAUCUUUCCCGAAGGGUAGUGACGUCAUCGUUGGACAACAUCUCAGAGGAUACUCGUACAGGAACAUUACCACUGAUGUUCCACGCGUUUGCUUCUCGUCCUGUAUCAAUGACUGUCGUUGUAAGGCGUUCCAGAUGAAAGAUGUCAGGUGUGAGUUGCUGAAUGAGGACAAGGCUUCCAAGGCAGCAGACUUUGUAGGUAAAACCGGAUACGUGUACUAUGAUCUACAGCAGAAACUCUAUAAAGGGCAAUCCCACAUGGUCCAGCCUGCAGGUUCGUGUUAUAAUGGUUGUUGUAGAAACAAUCCUUGUUUGAACGGUGGAACCUGCGUAGAGAACUGUGUUAAUUCAAAAGAAAAGUUCAGCUGCACGUGCAAUUCAUAUUACUAUGGAAAAGUGUGCGAAAAAGUGCGAMCUUACCAUUCUUGUAUGGAUGUCCUUAAUACCUACACUAUUGUGGGGAUAAUGCCUGAAAAUGGUGUCUAUCCUAUUUACCGCAGUGACAAAAAGAGAUUCCAGCCAUUCUAUUGCGCCUUCGAGGGAGCUACGAAAGCCUGGACACUUAUUGAGUCCUUCUCUCUCGCUAACAAAGGGAUUUAUGCCACAACUGCCUUUAGUGAAAUUAAUGGUCAAAAUGCGAACAAGCCAAUAACGAACUGGAGCRAUUUCCGCUUACAGUCGUCAGCAAUGCGUACUCAUCUACGUCCAAACUCAACGAUGUUCAGAGCGACCUGUGACUUCCCAAAAAGGAAUUCUCUAACCCCUGACUUUCUUCUUGGCUAUCUGAGUGAUUACGACAUCUUCACUAACGAUCAGACGAAUGGAAAAUGUGUCAAGUUUGCUCAUAUCAAUAUCAGAGGAUAUGACUUUUAUAAUACCACAGCACCUGUUUGGCACGUUCGGGGUACUUGGCAUUUCCAUAUUGACCCAACUCGGGGAAACUGUUCUUUCAGUGUACAAGGGAGUGUCUAUAAUGAAGAUAAUUUUGGGUUUUAUGGUACGAUCAACCCGCUGUCGAAAUGCACUGCAACACAACAUUCUACCACACAAUGGUGGUUAGGAGAAGAGCAAUAGGCCCG